GUGUCUUUCCUUUCUAUGCCCGGCCCUGCACAGGAGACCGCCAACGAGAAGGUUCGGCCGCAAGGCGAUAGACAAUGCCCCGCCACGGGCAGCGCCGACGGCUUGCAUGGACACGUUCUUCAUCCGCGCAUUGGUGCGGGCGGCGUCGUGCCCCAAGCAUGCAAGGCAGCCAUGCUCAACGCUUCGCGGGGUAGACGCAGCUCCACACAAGCAGAGCGCCAUGCGGCGGAGCAGCUCCUGGUCCCGGCCUGACGAGAGUGCCUCCAAAACGAGGCCACGACGAAAAGGCCCGCUGAACAAAGUCAAGAGCUUCGCAGAGAGAGAACUCCAGGCAUUGGUCGACUACUAUGGCAUGGAGCUCGACACCGGGCCUGAGCAAGACAUCGUCCCAGACGACGGAAAGCUGAUUUGGAACAUUGGAGACAGCCACGAGCCCUGGCCCCUCCGCGACCCCGCAGACGCUACGCAUAUAGAAAAGCUGGAAAAAAUGCUGCAAGACGAUGAGGCGCCACAUGACGACAUGUUCGCGACAUACAAGAACCUGCCGUCGCCCGGAGUCGUAUAUCUCAAGAACGACACCAUACGAGCACUGCUCCACCACCUCGCCAUCGUGGAACGUCCUACCAUACCCGCAAUGCAACGCUUCCUCUCUAUCCUCGACGACAUGAAAACUGCACACAUACACAUUCUUCGUUCAGAGUGGACUUCGGCAAUCCACCUCUCUGGAAAUGCAAUGCGCAAGGUGUCUGGAGACAGCCUCCAGUCAGCUCUCCAGAUUUGGCGCGACAUGGAGCACCGAGCUAGUAUAAGAGGCGGCUACGUAACGUUCAAUGUGCUCUUCACCGUGUCCGUGAAGGCGGGAAAGUAUACCCUUGCUGAAACCUUCCUAAAGGAAAUGCAAGCCCGAAAAUUGCCCAUGCAUCGGCACCACCGUGUAUCGCUCCUCUACUAUUAUGGUGUUUUGCAGAAUGGCAACGCGGUGAGGAAGACGUACCAAGAGCUAGUCGCAGCUGGGGAGAUAGUGGACACGGUCGUCAUGAAUGCCGUGAUAGCAUCCCUGUUCCGCGCAGGAGAGCCUGCAGCUGCGGAGCAUGUUUUUGAGCGCAUGAAGCGCCUCCAUGCCCUGCGCGCCUCGCCUGCUCCUGGCCACAGGUUCUUCAAUCGCAAUUGGCGUGACCGUCGUCUUUUAGGAAUGCACUUUAGAGACGAAUCAUGGAGGCUGAGUAAAGAGGGCAAGGAAGACGAGUUGAAGCGGCUGCAGGACUUUGCGCCUAUAGCACCCGACUCGCGAACUUAUGGUGUCUUGAUCCGUCAUCAUGCCGGAAUAGCAGGCAAUAUCGAUCGCGUCCACGAAUUGCUGAAAGAGAUGAAGUGGAACUCUGUGCCGCUUGACGGGACCAUCUUCAUCGUCAUGUUCCAUGGCUUCAACGCCUUUGGUGGCGUACGCUACUCUUCUUGGACGGCCUCGAAACUUGAAAGGAUCUGGCAGCGCUAUCUAAGGGCGCUCAACGAAGAUCUAGAACGAACGUGGAUAUCCAGUCUCUCUGUCAUUGCGGCACUCAGGGCUUUUGCGAGGUGCACGUCUCCAGAGAGGACGGUCAAGGCUUGGGAAGAAAUCCGCAACAUGUGGACUGCUGACGAGCAAGAGUUGGAGACAGUGUUGCUCGUGCUGAGGAAGCUGGUGCCGAGUCAGUUGGAAGCCCGAAGACCAGGCUUCUUUGAUAGCAGACGGCCGUCUUGAAUCGACCACGAUAAUCUGACGUUUCGGAUGUACGCGUACUCGUAUUGUGUGAUGGAAACGGCAUGGUGUCUCCUGCUAGUCAUUUGCAGAUCUCGCAAAUCUUUUCCGCCAGUUAAUCAUCCACAUACUAAGCAGCUUUGCUACUCCCUAACAAAACAGAGGCGACGGGAGACCAGGGUUGCGAACGCGAUUCCCAGUUUCGUGCAUAUCAGAACCGGGAGGUGAGGACCUUGACUC